AUGGCUUCUAUUUUACCCACUGGAAUGAGAAACGCGGUGAAAGGCCUCGACGCAAAUCGCUAUGCGACAAAGAAGACCGUUGCUCAGGGAAUGCUAGAUAUUGCACUUCUGACAUCAAAUGCCUCACAAUUAAAGUAUGUUCUCCAAGUGGGGCAAAAACACGAGUUUUAUACUUUGUUAGUGGUGCUGAUCAGCGUUUCCAUAGUUUUACAGGCAGUCGCGGGAGUCCUGGUUUUAAUAAUUUCAUCACUGGAUGACGAACAUAGCCAAAAGCAAAAGAAGAUAUCCGAUGGUCUAUACCACUUGUCAAUUGGCCUAAUGACAGGCGUGGUUUUUUGUGACGUCAUCAAAAUGACGUUCGGAUUUGAUCCAGCUCUUUCCGAGAAGGAUUACUAUGGGAAUGGGACUUAG